UCUUUGGGUCCAGGGCUAGCAGCUGUCAGAAGACGAGACAGAGCGUCACGACAAGCAGGACGUGUUGUCGGAAAGACAGGACGGCCUGAAAAUGCAGCACAGGGACGAGGUAUCUAGCGGAUACUUGGUCACAGAAGAAGUCCAGAUUCAGACAUUUCAGUGGAGCUUGUAGAAAGCGAGCCGUCAAUCAGCCACUUUUUCUUGUUGUUUUUGUCUUAAACUGACGCUGGAGGAGUGCUGUGCUGCACGUCCGACUCAACAAGUCCAGACAUGAGUAACGUUGAUCUGAUUUUUUGGGACCAGUUGCAGGCUGGGAGCUCUGAAGUGGACUGGUGUGAAGGAAAUUAUCUGAUUUACCCCAGCAUCGCAGAAUUCUACAACACGAUCAGCAACAUUUUGUUUUUUGUUCUACCACCGAUAUUGAUGUGCUUGUUCCGCCAAUAUGCAAACCAUUUCAACAGCGGGAUUUACCUGAUAUGGAUUCUCCUAGUUGUGGUUGGCAUCGGAUCAACCUAUUUUCAUGCCACUCUCAGCUUCCUGGGCCAGAUGCUGGACGAGCUGGCCAUUUUAUGGGUGCUCAUGUGUGCCAUCGCCAUGUGGUUUCCUAAGAGGUACCUGCCGAGAAUGUUCAGGAGGAAUCGGUUAAGGUUCAAAGUGGUGAUCGGUGUCCUGUCGGGUAUCACCACCGGGCUGGCUUUUGUUAAACCUGUAGUAAACUCGGUAUCGCUCAUGACUCUGGGCAUCCCUUGUACAGCGCUGCUCAUUACUGAGCUUAAAAGAUGUGAAAACUCCCGCGUGUUCAAGCUGGGGCUGAUCUCAGGGAUCUGGUGGGCGCUGGCUCUGCUCUGCUGGAUCAGCGACAGGAUAUUCUGUGAAACGUGGUCGUCCGUUAACUUCCCCUACUUACACUGUGCUUGGCACAUCCUCAUCUGUCUAGCCUCCUACCUGGGCUGUGUUUGCUUUGCCUACUUUGAUGUUGCGACUGAGGCUCCAGAGCGAGGCCCAGUCAUCAUGUUCUGGCCCAACGAGAAGUGGGCCUUCAUUGGUGUACCGUAUGUUUCUCUGCUCUGCGAACACAAGAAGUCAACAAUCAAGGUUACUUAAUGGGGCCUGACGUCUUUGUCUGACAGCUUCGACACCUAAGAGCUGCUUGUCUGGGAGCACAUCUCAGACCGGCGGAACCAUUUUCUGCUCUGGACUCAUCUUUAAAUGGUGACAAAACAGGGUUUUAUUAUUUAAUUUAUACUCUGAUGUCACUCAAACAUGCAGAGUUUUACCCUUUAAACAACAAAUCAAUGCAGAGACAGCUUUACAGUGUUGGACUCAUUCUCAGGCUUUAAAUGGCCUGUAUUUGAUAUAGCGCCUUCUAGAGUUCUUGGAACCCCCCAAGGCGCUUUACAACACAAUCAGUCAUUCACCCAUUCACACACACAUUCACACACUGGUGGGGAUGAGCUACAAUGUAGCCACAGCUGCCCUGGGGCGCACUGACAGAGGCGAGGCUGCCGAGCACUGGCGCCACCGGUCCCUCCGACCACCACCAGCAGGCAACGUGGGUUAAGUGUCUUGCCCAAGGACACAACGACAGCGACAGACUGAGCGGGGCUCGAACCUGCAACCUUCCGAUUACGGGGCGAGCACUUAACUCCUUUGCCACCGUCGCCCCACGAGACUCUGAGUGAAAGUAUUAGUUAUGUGUGUUUUUCCUAGAUAGAUUUACUAUUUUUACGAUUGUGACAAAAUCCUUUGUAUGAAGAAUUGUGUUGCCUUUACAGUGGUGUACCAGGUGCUGCCUGACUAUUUAAAACCACACGCAGAAACAAAACGGCUCUGAUUUGAGAGACUGGGAUCCUCGUUACAAUGAACUUACAACCUGGUUUUAUAAAAUAUCACCGAACAGGAAGGUAAUUCACACGAAGCCUUAGUCCUCUGUGCCAACAGUCCCCAUAGUGAAAGUUCAGCUACUUUUAUGACUGUUGAAAAGGGCUUAAAAGAAAUAUUAUUUGAAAUAUGUGCCAUAUUCUGUUAAAUAAUAUAGUAAUUUGCAUUUAUUUUCCAAAGUAAAUAAUGCUGAUUCUACAUUUAUGGGUGAAAAGGUACCUUUGGUAGUGGUCAGCUCUCAAACUAAAAAAUUAUAUAGAAGAAAAAACAGAUUUUUUUAAAUAAAAGAAUAAAAGUAACAUUAAUGGUGCAAAAGGCAUAAACAAAAAAUAUAUAUAUAAUAUUAAGUAUUUUUUCAUUUUAGGUUUAUGUGCUGUCAUCACCUCUGAACUGAAGCCAAAUCCAAAGUAAAGAUGUUCACUGGGUGAAAAAAAAAGGUGUAAAAGGGAUGUAAGUUAAAACUAACUGCUAACUCCAACAGACAAGUACCUUGAAUAUAUUUUUUUAAAUCCUAAAUGUUGGGUUGUCAUGUUAUUAAUAGCCUCAUACUCUUAAGCCAGGUGUGUCCAAAGUGCGGCCCUCGGAGGGAUUUUGCGUGGCCUUCACUAGCGUUUUUAGAAUUGUGGAGUUAAGUCUCUCCAGGAGGCUGUUGAUGUAAAUUCAUAUGUUGUAAUAUUUCAAGGUCAAUUUUCACUGAAUAAAUAGUUUAGAUGUUUUUGAGCAGAACAAAUGAAAAAUAUAAAAUGUUUGAAAUCUUAAAAAAAAAAAAUUAUUUUUUCUGGCCCGUGACUGAGGAGUUUUAACUUCAUGAUUUUGGCCCUCAUCCUGAAAAUUUUGGACAUCCCUGCCUUAAGUAUUAUUAGCUUCCACUCAUUGUGCAAAGACUUCUGGAAUCUUAAGCCUAUUAUACGUUUAGCAAUCAUGAAGAGUGAAAUGAAGAAUUUGAUUUUACUAAGAGAUUUUUGCUAAAUUUUGAAAGUUUGUUUUGUUGAACAUAAAAGUAUUUCUAUUUUUGUAUGAAAAAGCUCAUUAAUGAGGAAAUUAUUUAGAUAUCAUUACAUUACUACCACCUUUUGUAUAACCAGACGUUUGAAAUGUAAACAAAAGAGGAACUUUAGGGAUUAUUUACAAUGUGAAGAAAUCCAAUGAAAACCUAAAAUGCAAUGCAAGUGGCCUGAGAUCAGUGUCCUAUUUAUGUCAUGUAAUAAAAAUUGUUGAAGGGUUCAGAAGUGAGCUGACAUGAAGGAGUUAAUGUGAACAGGACAUUGAUUUCAAUGCUGCCUUCUGCAUUGUGAUGUUUCAUUACAGUUAUAACUUAAGAUUGAAUUAUUUUGUUUUGACUCAUGAAUUUCACAGACAAGUUGCACAGAAAUAUUUAUUUUCAUGUUAUACUGUUGUGUAAACAAUACUUGUAACAAUGAUUGAUUUUGGUAUUUUAUUUUAUGGAAUAAAUAAACCAAGUAUAGUAAGCAAUAAU